GCAGAUAUGUCCAGAGAACUUUUACACUAGGUUUCUUUUAAAUUUCCGAAAAUAAUUUUCUUCUUCAUUGCCUUGCCGUAGAAGUUGCUGACACAAGCAAGGAUAAAAAUGUUGCUGUUUUCGAUCCUAGUUUGUUUUUCUUCACUUCUUCAAGCAUCGUUAUCAAGUCCUAUUUUGGCUUCAAAGCCAAAACCUGUGGAUCUUUCAUACACUUGCAUGGCAAUAUUUGAUGCAAGAGAUCCGAACUUCAAACACGACAACGUACCUGUUAUCUUACUCCACGGACUAUCAGGGAAUAAAGAAUCCUGGCACGGUGUCCUUGAACUCAUAGCUUUAGAUACGAAGAAAAAAGUUUGCGCUGCAGAUUUACGAAAUCAUGGACAAAGCCCAUGGAAUGACGAAGAAUAUGAUGCUAUAGCCAUGACAGAAGACGUAAAGCAUUUGAUGGAUCGAAUCAAUGCUUCCAAGGCUGUAUUGCUCGGUCACAGUUUGGGUGGAAAAACAGGUGUUCAGUUAGCCUUGACAUACCCAGAAAGAGUGGAAAAAUUAAUCGUGGAAGACAUGAGACCGAAUGGUGUAUCCCCAGAAGGCUUGAAACAAGUACAGUUAGCUGCUCGUAUCUUUAAAGAAAUAGAAAAACACAUACCGCAAGGAGUCACGGAAAGAGAGGCAAAGGAAGAAGUCUUUAAAAAUUUAAAGGAGAAUCUAGCGAAGAUAAAUAUCACUCAAGAGUUCCGUGACCUAAAUAACUUACCAAUCAAAUGUUUAGAUGGGAAAUGCAACCUGACCUUGAAUCCUGUACUUCUGGACGCAGUUUUGAGGAACAUUACUGAUUUAUUAAAUGAAAGUUCUGGCCGUUUUGAGGGACCAGCACUUUUCAUCUAUGGCGCUGCAUCGAUUUUUACAGUAAAUGAAGAUGAGAGCAACAUUAAAAAGUUGUUUCCUGAUGCUAAACUCGUUGGAGUAGAAGGGGCAGGUCAUACUGUGCAUACAUCUAGAAAAUUCAUGACAGAAGUCAUCAAAUUCAUCAACGGUAAAUGAAGAUUGAAACUCCUAUUCAUGUAAAAUAAUAAGCUGAAUAAAGUUGAAAUCUAUUCCAAGUAAAA